AUGGCGCGUGUCUCAAGCCCACUUACUCUAGUACUGUCCGUCCUAUACAACGAGCUCACGAUUGCUUUUGUGAUUGCGAGGCGGCCUUCAAUUUUAGCACGUUACGCCCUCUUUUCCUCCCAGUUUCUUGUAUCAUGGAAGACUACAGGCAUUCUGACCGCAAAUGACACAUUUCGGGACUACGGAAUAGGCAGUGGAAUAUACGCCGCCUCUCUGUUCACAUCAAUACACUUUUUCUUUCUAGUCGAGCCUCUAUUCGAUGGUACCAGGCAUGUCAAUGACACGCAGGACGCAAAGGACAUGCCAUUUUUGAAAAGAUUCUGGUGGGCAUUGUGCCUUCGGAUUUCGAUUCGCGGCGUAGGUUGGAGCAAUCAGUUGCCACACGUACCUCCUACUUCGAAACAAUCACGUUGGCGCUUUGUUUCGCAAACGCUUCGUGACACUGUCAAUUACCUUCUCAUCCUCGACAUUGCAGGAACAUAUAUAAUUCACAAUCCAAUAUUUUCCUACCGUGCCAAGGAAGCGCUUCCAAUCACUUCCCAGGGCAUUUAUCUGCAGGCAAUCAACGUAUGGGCGUGGUGGACCAACUUGUAUGCAUCGCUGCAGAUGCUAUACUCUUUAAUUGCCGUCAUUUGCGUCGGCUCAGGUAUCUCGGAGCCACAGUUUUGGCCGCCAAUGUUCGGGAAGCUACAUGAUGCAUAUACACUCCGUCGCGCUUGGGGUCGUGUUUGGCAUCAAAUAUUACGUCGCUUUGUCACAUCUAUCGGAAAGUUCGUCGUCCAAACGUUCGAUUUCUCUCCCGGAACAAAACUCUCAUCGUAUACCCAACUCUACGUUGGAUUCUUCGUUUCGGGCAACGUACAUGCCUGGGGAGAUCGCAUGGCGGGGUCGAAAUUUGGCCAUUCGAUUCUCUGGUUCCAGCUACAGGCCGUAGCGAUCACAUUCGAGGACGCUGUUAUUGUGCUGGGAAAGAGAGCUGGAUUCCAGGACCAUAUUCUGUGGCGGACCAUCGGGCUGUUGUGGGUGGCUACAUGGUUCGUGCUUACUACACCGCUGUUAACGGCUGUCAUUACGAAUGCCGCACAACCGCUUCGCCCAACUCUGCCGUUUUCGCCACUUCUUGGGAUGCACUGGUGGUUCUCGACGGUAUGCCUUGGGGGGUAA